CCUACCCUGCCAAUGUAUGUUCUUCAAGGUCUAAAACUCAGGUUGACAGUAUAGAGUGUUGCAUGACUGACCUUGGACUUGAAGUACACAGGAUCGCUGCUGACUCUGAGGCCACCCUUGAAGGCGGUGACGUCAUCUUCACAGGCACAGAGUUUUUCGUGGGAGAGUCAACACAGUCAAACAAGGCUGGCCACAAAAUCCUGGCCGAAACCUUCCCAGAAUACCCUGUUCACUCCAUCUACGUACAUCCGCCGGAAGUUCACCUGAAAGGCUUUGCAGCCAUGGCUGCGCCUGGAAUCAUCGCAUUAGUGGACGGCGAAAAUGGAAGAAAUGGUUGGAAGGAGAUGUGUGAAAAGAGUAGCUACAGGUACAAAGCCAUAUGGCUGCCAGAGGACUGCGCGGAGAACUGUAUAUAUGUUAACGGGACCAUCAUCCACGGUCCUGAGCGCCAGUUCCCUAAAAGCUACAAGAUAUUAACGGAAGCCCUGGCCGACUACCCACGAAUCGAAGUGUCGACGGAAGAGGUGUAUAAGAUAUGCGCCGCGCUGACCUGCCAGUGUCUGCUGUUCUAGUGGCGUGUUUCUGUCUCGUAUUAAAAGUUUAAGCCCCUGUCACAUAUUCACGAAUCUAAAAAAAAGUAGGCCACCCUAUGCUUUAAUAGCUCAGGGCCAACCCUUCUUUGUUUUUUUGCGAACAAUUGUAAAGUCUUUAAUGUAGUUUUAAACUUUAUUUUGCACACUGGUCGUUUGAUUUGAUUUGUUGUGAUUUGUACACCGGUAUUUUGUUCUUCUUUGUUUUCUCUUGUAC